AUGCCAGACGUCGAACCGCUCAGAUUCCCAUCAAGGGAGGGACGACCAAACCAGCAAGGUGAGAGUCAAACCUGUCUCGAUAUUUGUAAACCUAUGUAAACAUGCAGACUCACAUGUUUGUAACACAGUAAUAAUUUGUGUUUUGAUACAGCUACAGGGAGAGUUAUGGGUGUGUGUUAACAGACAUGCAUACACCAACCAGCCACAGUAUGAUGAACGCUUGGGCAAUGUAAUGAAAAUGUAUGUGCAUUGUAUUUUGUCCACUUCAUUUUCCAAACAUGAGCGGAACAAAAUAUUAGGAAAACCUUUCAAUAUAAUGCACUUCAAUACAGCUUUAACAAUUAAUUCAAAGAAUAUUUAUCAUCUAUCUGACCAUAUCAACAAAAACCGGUCUUGAGUUGUAUUCGAUCUCCCAGGUGUUCAUCGUAGUAAAGCUGGCCACUCCUAACAGAAUGAAUAUCAAUAAAAUAUGAACAAACAAGUGUGGUUAGUGAUUGUUCAGCAUACAUUAUCUGUUGCAGCCUACAGCAGACUGUUUUAUUUAAAUGGACAUUAUGAUAAAAUGUCAGAAAAUACAAGCAAAGAUUAAGCCAGAAGGAAACGACAUAAGCUGGUGCCACAAACUGUUUAACCCGUCCCCAGGUCAAGUUAGAAAGCUGUCCAAACAAAGUCCAGUUUGAAGACUGUAUCUCGAUUCCAGCCAGUGCAUCAGCUGGACUGGUUUUAGGAAGUUAAGCUGAUCAGUAAUAGAUAUGAAAACAGUUUGAUGACAGACACAUUAAGCUAUCCGAUAUCACCUGUGAAAUAGUGGGUGAAUCUGAUUGGCUCUCACUCUCACAUGAGCCUACUCUGUGGCAAUAAUACACCCUGCCAUUAUGAUUUAGAGCUUAUUCAGCCCACUGAUGACAUAUUGCCUUACCACCUUCCUACCCCACUUGGUUCUUUCACUGUGUAUUAUUCAUCUAAACUGCGCAGCAACAGAUGGCUUAUAUUUCUGGUUUCCCUGCAGUUUUUCCUCAACUGUUCUUGUAUUGGUCUGAGUCAGCUCAGUUGCAAGCCAUCCUACUGACUAAUCAUGACAGGAUAACUGUUAUUUCAGGUGGUAAAGAUUCUAUAAAGUGUGAGGUAGAGGAUGUAGUGCCCACUUUGUCCCGAUUAGAGUGCCCCCUUUCUCCACAGGGGCUUAACAACAACUCCAAAUGUGAUGUUAUAGUUAAAAAGAUGACUGGCAACAGUUCAGUAUAUGUUGAAACUGUGAGACACAACUCUAUAUAGUGUGUUUCAAUGACACUUAUACCAAAAUAUUGAUGUAUAAGACACUGGAUUGGAAGUAGUAGCUGAUGUAGUUGAUGUUAAUGUAAUCUUUCAUACAGAGAAGCCUCUAAAACUAAUAUAAAAUUGAUCUUUACAUUUCACAUUCACCAAAUCAGAGUAGAUUUACUCAUAAAUAAGCAUGACUUUGCACCAUACUUUAAUCUACACAAUAUUUUACAGAAAUUUGUAGGGAAAGAUUGAAAUCUGCACCACUGCUGUUUUACCUUUUUUGUCAGCCAGAUGGCAUCCUUUCACUUCUGAGAAUUCAGCUCGAAGGUUUUUUCCUUAGAUGUUCGAAUGAGUUUCCUCUGCUUUUUAUUGCAGAGCAUAUGCAACCAGAGUCAAGUUGAGUAUCGAAAAGCAUUUUUAAUAGCCAAAUAGAUUGUUGAAAUUGCUAUUCAGAAUAAACCAAGAAGAGGGAGUGUUUCCAGAUAGAGUGUUGUGUUUCAUUUUUUUAAUUGAACAAUGCUUCAAAAGAGUGUCCUUUCUGAAAGAUUUUAGAGGUUUUUGUGCCAUCAUGUAAAUGCAGCAAGGAUUGGCUUUUUACUGGUCCUCUGAAAGUUUGUUCAUGAUGACACAAAUUCACAUUUCUCAAUCUUUUGUGCCCCAAGACCAAGCAGAUCUUCAGCCAGUGUGCUCUGGUAGACGACGCACUUGUGUUUUGCUCAACAGUCCCUCGCCAUAUGUCAACACUGUCAUUUACCAUAUCCAGGAGUUCAAGAUGACAGUAGAAAAUUGGUUCCGGCAGGUAAACUAAUGUGAUCAGACCUGUGAAAGAACGUAGCAUAAAUGUUUGAUCAGUGUACAGAUCAAUUGAUUUUGUCUGUUUUGUCUUGCACCAGGCUGGUAAAUACCAUCCACAUCCGCUUGAUCAGGACAAACACUGUUACGGCAAAACUUUGAGGUGGUACUCUUGACUGUUUCAUUUACAGUUAACUUUAAUCUAACCCAAUGAAUUGUAAGAUACUGUGUAACACAUGUCUGAAUUCUUUUUGUAUUUUACAGAUUUCAAUCCAGAGACUCAGACUCUGACUCAGUGACAUCAACAGAAUUGUUUGUUGAAGGAAUCGCGAUCAGUGCCAGAGGUGAACAGAUUUUUUUAUCAAAGUACCAUCAAAGAACGAUUUUUGGGAUAUUUUUUUCUAUAAUUUUUCAUGUAGUUGAAAUGUAACACAUAGUUCCUGUAGCACUUACAGAUUAAGAGCUACAAUUAAGUGUCAGUGCAAUGUCAGUAAUGAGCCUCUUUAGAGAAGUGGUCAGUCAAUAAAUGAGUCUCUGCUACUUGUUCACAGUUUCUCUAUGAUCUUUAAUUAGGUGCAUGUCUCUUUGAAAUAUACCAUGGAUACAUUUUAGGGUUUCCUCCACUUAGUUGUUGAUCAAACAGUGUUAAAAUGGGUUUGCGAAAAUAAAAGUAGAGUUAGAUAAAAGAUAAAAGUAAAGAUACAGCAAAAGACACUGUGCCAACCAUGGUUAAGUUUUUUAUCCUCUAGAAAGAUGUCCAUUAUCGCCACUAUUGAAGAACAUAAAUGAUGUCCUUGGAGAGGUUGUGUAUCUGAUUGAGCGCCUAGAAGCUGAUAGGCAGUAUGCAGAGGAAGCUCUCCACAAAGAGAAGAGGAGAAAACACAUUUUGGAGGACGAAGUGGACAGCAUUUCACUUUGGAAGCAACAAGAGCACUCCUUUGCUGUCCAAAAAGGUCAGUGCCAGAGACGAGGUUUUUUAUUUCGCACCAUUGGCAUAUUUGUGUCCUAAGGAGUACUGUAAGGCUUCUGGUAAUCUAAAAUAUGAAUAAGCAUUCUUAUUUGCUUAUUCACAGUUUUGCAAUUUCUAUUUUUCUUUUCACAGAGCAUGAAGCUUGCAUUAGAGAUAUUACUGAACUACAAUGGCAGCUAAAAGUAGAAAGAGAAAAACUUGUCCAAGCCCAGGAGAAGCUCUCACACACUGAGGUGUUAAACCAGCGCUUGCAUGAGGACAUAAGCUUUGCCAAAAAACAAGGUCCCAUCGUGAAACAAAACAUGGAACUGCAAAGAGGCAUCAUAAAUGAAAUCAACACCGCACAAGCUGAGGUAACCUUGAAUUUAAUGCAGGUUUAUGAAAGACUGGAGACUUGUGUUUAGUUCUGUCUGCUGCUGUGUCUGUUUAGGAAUUAUUUUUGUGUUUUUGCAGGAAUUAUUCAGAUAACAGAUCAGAGUUUGUUUUCAACACAGUCAAGUUGUGUUAAUAUUAAAAAAAAUGUUGAUGAGCUUUGUUUCCAGCUGGAUGUGAGGAAGCGAUCCUAACACCACAUCUCGGUACAUUUUACACAUGAACAAGUCGCAAGGAUGGGAUGAACAGUCGUUCCAUCUCUCCUGCUUUAUUGUCCUUUCUAGCUCUGUUUUAAUCCAUAAGUAUUAUGGCACCAGGGAUUACAGUGUUUGUUGGUCUAUCGGUUCAGUGUUCAUCCAACACUUUGGCCCAAAGUGAAAUCAUUUGAACCAUUGACUGAAUUGCCAUGAAAUUUGGUCCCGACAUUCUCAGUCCCCAGAGGUUGAAUCCUAAUAACUUUGUUUAAUUCCCUGAAUUUUCAUUUAGCUUAUUCAGUUAAUUUCUUUUGUCCAAGUCAAGAUGCUCCCAAAUCUAAUGCCCAGUUCAGCCUCGGAUGUACUUGGAGUUUAACUGUAUUCAUGCGGUCAUGACAGUUUGCCAAACCCUGUACAGCCAAGACUGAUGAGCGAGAGUCUGAGGAGUUACAAGAACGAGGUCAACUUCGAUUCCAAAUCAAUGCAUGCAGAUUUAGGAUUUAGGACCAGGUACAAGCCAAGGAAAAACCUUUAUGAUGUGUAUUUGGCUCUCUGUGUAAGACUUAAUACCGCCUUUGACAGGGUAUAAUUUAAUACGAGUCUUUUACUGCUGUAAAUACCAAGACUUAAACUGACCACAAAUAAUAUUUGGGGAAAAACUGUUUGUCCUUCUUUGGCUAGGCUGAUGAGGUUUACUCAAAAACACAAAGUGAGCUCAUGCAGGUGAAGGAGGAGUUGAAAAAGCUGGAGCUGGAAGUCAACAAUGAAAAGAAAUCAAUGGAUCAUGUGCUGCUGUCAAUGAAGAAUCAGCUGACUAAUAAAGGGUGAGUAUCUAUCUUAAUGGCCUGGAAUGGCAUGGAGGUGAUCAUCCUGUGGCACUGCUGAGGCAUUAGUGGGGCCCAGGUUACUUUGACAAUGGCUUCCAGCUCGUUCCUGUUUUUGAGAUGGAUGUUUCUCAUCUUCUUGACAAAUAUCCUGCAGAUUGUCAGUGGGGUUUCAGACCAGGCCAGUUGGCUGGUCAGUCAAGCAAAAUAGUUUUAUGACCAGCAAGCCAUUUAGUAAUAAUUUUGGCAAUACGGGCAAGUGCCCUACUGGAAAAGGGGAUCAGCAUCUCUGCAAAGCUGGUCAGCAGAUGGAAGCGUGAAGUGCUCCAAGAUCACCAUGUUGAUGGCUGUGAUGACUUUGGACUUGGUAAAACACAGUGGGACACCCACAGGAAACAAGCAUGGGAAACCAAGUCAUAGACAGCAGAAACUUCACACUGGACUUCAAACACCUUGGAUUUUGUGCCUCUCCACUCUUCUUUCUGACUUUAGGACUGUGAUUUCCAAAUGAAAUGCAAAACUUACUCUCAUCUGGAAAGAGGACUUUGGGUCACUGAGCUCUUAGCCCAGAUACUUUAGGCAUCUGUGUGUUGCAGCACUUGACAUACUGACACCAAUCUCAGUCCAGUCCUUGUGAAGCUCUUCCAAGUUCUUGAUUCAUCUGCGUCUUGACAGUUAUGAGGCUGUGGCUGCCCCUAUUGCUUGUGCACCUUUCCUGCCAUACUUUCCCUUUCUUUAAAAUGAUUUGAUACAGCAAACUGUAAACAGCCAGCCUAUUUAGAAAUGACCUUCUCUGGGUUUUCUUCCUUGUGGGGGUUGUCAACAUCCAAAGACUACAAUUAAUUCAAGAUGCUGCCGCCAGACUUUUAACUCUUAGCAAGAGAGGUGACCAUAUAACACCAGUCCUUUCUGCCUUUUGCUGGCUCCCUGCAAGUUUUAGAAUAGAUUUUAAAAUUUUACGGCUUCUUUUUAAAGCCUUAAAUGGCCAGGCUCCAGCUUAUGUCUGUGAGCUGCUAACUCCAUAUGAGCCUGACUGCAGCCUGAGGUCUUCUAGUAGGAUCCUACUUGUGGUUGUAGAUUAAGAGGUGACUUAGUCUACAAUAUAUUAAAUGUUCACUUUGUUAAAUAACUGGUGAAAAAUAUUGAACUUUUAACAAUCUUCUAAUUCUUUGAGAUGCACCUUUAUCGUCUCUUGUGUAUAUUUUUUCUGCACACAGGCUAUAGUCCUUGUUGCACUGGCUGUAAGAUUGAUUUCCAGCCCCAGCAUAAGUAGGAGCAUGUCAUCCCCUCCACACACAUACACGCAUUUUUAGUCUCUCUCAAACUGUCCCAUCAAAUUAAAGGCAAAAUCCCCCCAAAAAAACAAUCUUAGAAAAGUACUUUCUGUAAAGUAUUUUGAAUGUAAACUAAGGUCAUAGACACAAAACAUACUGUACUUUUUUAUCUCUGGGAAAAAUAUUUCUGCCAAUUUAAUGUGAAAUUUUAAGAUGAAGCUUUACAGAUAUAACUCAAUUUUCAGAUAGUAUUAUGUUAAAUGCAGCAUAUGACAGUGCUGUUUCUAGAUAACCUUAAAUUUCUCUGGAGCACUGGAUUUCCAAAACCAACUACAAUCCAACAAUUUGUUAACCAAUUCUGUUUUUUUUCUGUUUAGGGAAGAAUUGAACUCUCUCAUGGUGCUUGAAAAAAGUUUACACACAGAAAUAGAAGACGCUGAGACAGCAGUCAUUCAAACAGAGGAAAAGUGUGCCGCCAUAACACAGAGCAUCCCUGAAACUACAGAGCUCAUGAAGACUGGGAAAGACCAGGUAACUGAUAUUAUUCAUGUUUACAUUUUUUAAAAUGUUAAAUACAUUUCCUCUCAGUGGAGAGUGUGUCAAAUUAACCAUUUUCUUUCUAUUUGAACAGAUUGUGGAGUUGAAAUAUCACAUCGAGGAGGAAGUGCGAAAGAAUAAAAAAUUAAAGGAAAAACUAAUAUCCCUGCAGGAACACAUUGAGAAAGCUGUAUGUAUUAUCACAGUAUUGUUGCUUUUACAAUGUGGGUGCUGCUUCGGCUACUUAUGUGUGUCUUGAUAGUUCAUUGGGUAGUGCAUGGCUCACGACUGCCAGACUAUGAUUGGACUCUCACUGAAGCUAUGCAUGCUAAUAAUGUUUGAAUUCAUGGGGCUGUAAGGUGUUUUGCAUGUGCAUCCACACAGUGGCACACUAUAUGUUGUGUUAUCCACAGAGACUCAGUGGGGAAGCAGAGGUUUCCUGCAUAGAAGAGCAGCUCCGUUCAAAAUGUAAUGCCUUCACAGCUCUCUGUGAAGAGAACUUGGGCUUUGAGCAGGAUAUAGAAGACUACAAGAGGAAACUUUCAGAGAGGUUCCUUGUCAAAACAAAGCCUAAACACACAUAAAAUAUCUCAUCUUUGCUGUAUGCCACUUAUGUGUGUUUACUAUCAUUUCUCUGCACGUUUUUUUUUUUCUCCAGUGAGAAAACAGUGAGGCAGAUGAGUGAGGAGAAAAAGCAGAUGCUCCAGAAAAUCAUUGACAAUGACAGGCAGUGGGAAAAGGCCAAGGAGGAAGUGACCGACGUUGUAGCUCAGCACAGUGUCACCCGGACUAAACUGGAAGAGCAGGAGCAGCGCACCUUCAUGGAAGAACAGAGAGCCAGGGUCAGCGGCGGCAUGUCCACGAACUGUGUGCAUGUUCUAUACUGCAUGAGUCACAGUUAGUAAGGAAAACGUGAUAUGCCUGAUGCUCCCUUCAGUGUUAUGUGGUUUUUGUUUUACGCUCCGCAGAAAGAGAUUGAAAACCUGAAGAAAGACCUGACAGGUCAGACCACUGCCCUAGAACUACUAAAGGUAAAUUCAUGAGACUGGGUCCUUGUUUCUGACUGAGUGCUUUUCACUUAGAGUGACAGAAAAUGAGAGUGACAAAGACAGUUGACAACCUCAGGUUAUAUUGCUAACUUUCCUGAUUUAAUGUUUUGAUGGUACCAGGAUAUAUAGUUAUGUAAACAUGACGAAGAGGUGAACUUUGUUAGGGCACCGGCUGAAUAAGAACUGAACGUUAGAUAUUUCACAGUUAGUUUUGAAUUUACAGCUGUGUUGAUUUGUAUUUUUCCCAACACCAGUUGAAUGAAAUUAUACUUUCUUUGGCCUGUACAUAUUUUUUCUAAGAGGGAAAUACAUUCUGGUCUUAUUUACUUUUGCAUCAGGCUCAUUGUGAAGAUUUAAAUGAAGAAUUGUAUCGGCACCAGAGGUGCUCAGCGCUGACAAACCAAAAACUUCAGAAGGAAUUUGACGAAGCAUCUUCAGCAACAAAGACUCUGGAAACAAAGGUUGAGGUACUGAAAGAAUUUAGCAAAUAUUAGAACAUUAUUACAUCUCGACUCUAGUUAUAAUAUUUAGGACAAUUUGUAGAAGUUUUAAGUCUAGCAUUUUUACUUAACUUUUAUUUCUGCAGAAAAUCAGACUGUUGACGGAAAAGUUUGAAAGGACUGAGAGCGAACAAAAGAUCUCAUUAAUCAACCUCGACCAGGAGAAGAAACUCAAAUGUGAUCGCCUGAGAGCUGCUGAGGUAAGAAACAAAAACCAACGAGUGAACUGAAGCAACUCUGUCUAUACUUAAGGAAGAGUCCAACUUGCUUUGUGUGUCGCAAAUCACAGUGAUGGAACAAAAUGAUCUCUUGUUCAAAACAAACUGCUUUUUAGAUUUUUUUGUUACACUUUAUUUGACGCCUAUCUCUAUAACGCAUUAUGAAUAUAUGUAUAAUGCAUGGUAAUCACAUUAAAGCACUGUAUAACUGUCAUCAUAAACACUCACAAAUGAUCAGAAUGCUAUAUAGCAAUAACCAUAACACAUUAUAAACCAUAUAAUCAUCAGGUAUUAUAAUGUGUUACGCUAAUUGUUAGAAAGCCUUCUGAUAAUUAAUAAAUGUUUAUAAUGAUAGUCAUACAAGUUUAUAAGCAAAUUAAAACACAUCAUAAGCAUUAUCUACGUGGGCAUUGUCAGUGAGUUGUUAACAAUUUUAACACAUUAUAAUACUUAACCUUGUAAGUCAUGAUAAAAAUGCUUUUUAAUGUGUCAUGAUUAUAGCUAUAAAGCAUUAUGAUCAUUUAUGAGUGUUUAUAACUAUAGUUAUACACUGCUAUAAUGUGAUUAUAACGCAUUAAACAUAUAUUUAUAAUGCCUUAUAGAAAUAGGCGUCAAGUAAAGUGUUACCAUUUUUAUUUUCUACACAAAUGCUACUGUUUCUCCUCAGGAUUUACAUGCUGCCACUGUAAAGAGAUACGAAAACAUCCUGGACAGAAUCAGUGGCCUCACAGAGAAGAGCAAAGAAUACCAAGUUGCUUCAGAUGAAAUGGAAAAAAUCGCUGAAAUUAUACCAGGAAAUAUAGAAGACCUUAAGUAAGUCGGUCAUACUCAGCGUAAAAAUAACCAUAGAAAUACUCAGCCUUUGCUUGAUAACGAAGAAAGCCUUUCAUCAUAUGUUUAACAGUAUUUAAAAAUGUUCCUAAUGAGGAGUAUUUUCUAAAAUAAUGAUUUAGUUUGAGUAAAUUUAUAUCAGCUCUCCUGCUAAUGUCGCAAUCCUAUAAUUAUGACAUCAAAGAAAUGCCUUUUUAGAAAAUGAAUAUCAUUGUUGUGUAUAAUUCUUUCCUCCAGAAGUGUUUUUGAUGUGGUGGAAUUCAAAAACAAAUCAGCUGCUCUCAUAAUGAGCACUUUGCAGUCUGAUAUUAAUAACUGCCAACAACGAACACAGCGAUCCAUGCAGACACACACUGCUCAUCUUACUGCAAGAAAACAAGAAAUGGAAGACACCAAGGUAACACGACGUUAUUCAGUCUAACUCUGUGUAAAUACAUGACUUUUUGUUGUGUCAAGAAGUGUGAGACAAGCUGUAAAAAAAGAUAGAAAAAAAAAAAACAUCUCAUUGUUUAUUUGUUUGUGGAUUAGUGUCAGCACAUUGCUUGUCACAAUACUUCCCUUAAGAUGCAGAGAAAAGAGCUGCGUGCAAUUAAAAUUACAAGCCAUGGUCAAUCUUGUUUAAGUGCUUUCCCACAAAUGACAACUCACUGUUGUUGUAGUCUUUUGUCUGGAUGAGUUUGAUGAUGCAUGUCAUUGUGAGAUUCAGUGCAUAUUGUGUUACCUGUAGGCCAAUAUUUUACAUAGCAAUUUCACUGUAAGCACACAGUUUAGAAUAUCAAAUAAGCAUUUAACGUCUGCAUUUUUUACCAUCACAUCAGAAAUAGUCUCUGGUAAAAACACCAGCAUACUGUGCACAAAAUGGCAUGUAUUUGAACUCUCUUUUGUGAGAGAAACCCCUAUUUAUUGUAAGGUUUUCAUCUGCAGGAUUAUCAGCCCCAGCCAGAGCCUCUUUGCUGAUGGGGGUUUCACAUGGCUUAUCUAAUGUGAAAUCGCCAUGUGGUAUAUAGUUUCAUUAAACGGUGAUCAAGAAUGCAUUAGUUCAAAACAAGAAAAGGCAAUGGAGCUUAAGCCGCCAUGCAUCCAAGUGCAGCAACUUUAAAGAAGUUGUUGGCGUGAGACAAUUUAAGAAUUAGAAGUCUUCCUCAUAGACACAACUCCCAUUAGCCAGAUAAAAGUUAGUCAUGCAAAGCAGGGUUUAGUCUUUUCACUCGACGAAAUAAGAUGAUAUAACAACAAUACUCCUCACCAAAUAAAAAGAUCACAGAGAGUGAAGCUGUAAGGAAAUUGGUCACUUUAAUCGUUGCAACCAAUAUAAAGCACACAUAAUGUCUGCAUUAGCAUAAGCACAGUGUGCACUCAGAAAUCACAGUGCAUGAAGCAGAAUGGUUAGACACUUCCAAAUAUUCUUAUAGAAGAGAUUUCUUCUAAAAAUGCUGACCAAAUACUCCACUCUUACGAGCUCCUGUGGAUUUACAGCCCCUCUUUUAUAUUAGAGACUAAUACGGGUCAAUAUAACUAAAAACCUGGAAAAUCCAAAUGUGGCUGUCUCAGAUUACACCUAUGAAGUAUUAUUUUGAAGAUACUAACACAGGGUCUUUAAAUUUGAAUUCUGUUGAUGUGUUUCAUCCAAGGUAUUCCCUCUGCAUCACAUACGUACCUAAAAAGUGUUUCAUCUUUCAUACAUGCACCUAUUUUUUUUGUUUUUAUUUGAUCAGGGCCUGUCGUAUGGCGAGCACAAAGUAAACAAUGCAAACUGCCGACGCUAUCAGUUUCUUAUGGGCAAUGAAGUGUAAUUUGUUCCAUUUACACUUCACAACAGCAUCAGAUGGGCUUUGUCAGUGCUGCAUGGAGUAAUUAAACCUGAAAUCAAUAGCAGGCAUUUGUCAUGUUUACAGCCCCUCUUUCUGCUGGGUUAAACUCAUCACUUUAGUGCUGUUCUGUUUUACUGCAGAGACACACUUCAUUAUGUCUGCAGGUAGAGUUGAGAUAUUUGCCAGCCACAUAUCCCGCACUCAGGAAACAUUGUUCACAUGAAAAGAGGACAUGCAGAGAGACACAUACUCAAUUUGAUUUAUUGUCUUGAUUCCCUAGAAAAGUGCCCAAUAUUGCAUGCCUGCUUUUCAUGUUACCCUCAUUUACAGCACUAAUACAGGAAAAAGAGCAUAUUGUACUUUAUGCACACGUUGCAGAACAGCGAUACAACUUGAACGUUUCCUCAGCGGUCAGUACGAUCUUACUAUGUGUUGUGUACAGUAGAGGUCGACAGAUAUCACUUUUUCAGCUGCUGAUGCCGAUAAAGAUUAUAAGGGAGCAUUUUAGCUGAUUGCCAAUAUUACAUGCUGAUUCUAAAUUGAUACUGAUUCUAAUGUCAUGUUGUUUCAUUUUUUCUUCUUUGUUUGAAUUUGACAAAAUAAAACUAUUAGAUAAUGCGAAGAAAUGACAAACAAAAUUGCUAAACUUGAAUUAAUAUUUUUUAAAUAAAUGCAGAUGGAGAGACAUUUGGCUCUGUAAAAUAUCGCUACAUGGGAUUUUUGAAUUUAUAUCCAGUUGUCUAAAAGUGCAAAAAAUCAUAUGAGGUAAAUAUUAAGGUUUGAAUAACAAUCGAAAAAAGGUAAUUUACAGAUUCAUUAUUUCAUGCAAACUAAAAUCUGAUAUGCAUGGUUAUUAUCCAGGAACAUGUUAGAUUUCAGAAAAUAGGUGUUUUUUCUAUCUUACUAUUAUCACAUGAUCUAUAUUAAAACACUAACCAGUGCUGGUCCAACACCAGAUUGGUGCAGGGCCAAUGCUAAGCUUGUUAACCCAAUAAAGAAAUCAGCCAUGAGGUGAUUGGCCAACUUUAAAUUUGGUUUGUUACUAAUGUAAGUUACAUUAAUUGAGUCACAGAGGAACACAGGCUUAAGUUAACCAGCAUAACAGUGAACACAACAACAUGUUACCUGACAUAACGCUGUAAUUAUUCUAGUCAUUUUUGCACUAUGCGAUAUUCAGAGUUUAAUUAAGGGGAAAAGAGAAAACCGGUAUACCUCGACAGACGCUCUGAAGUGAUGUUCCAGGGUAAUGAAUAUGAGAAAAGUAGAUGGAUCUGUGUAUUACAAAUGAAGGUAUAGAGAUGGUGUAAGUUUGUCACUUUGAAAGUAGUUAGAUUAUUAGCCUGCUUGUGAUUUCUUGGUUAUUAAAAAAUUCUGUUGUUCUCACUUUACGUGUUCGCAGGACACAUUGAAAAUUGCGCUACAGGAGAACGAACAGCUUGCCAGCAAGUACGAAAAACUUAAGAGGAUCCUCACUGAGGCAAAACAGGAAUCAGUGUCUGUCCUGGGGGAGAAAAACCACACACAUGAUGCUUUUCAUUGCUGCACACAGGUACCGUUUAUAUAUGUCCUAAACAUCACUUCCCCUCUCUUUAUUUUUACAUUUUGUUUGUCGGCUUUAAAGUUUUCACUGCCAUCUUAUGCCCUGAUCCCACAUGUUCUAUCCCAUGCACUGGAAAGCUCCUCUUUGCAUGGGCAGCCUUUUAAACAAGGUUUUAGUCUUGCAACCAGCGAGGAGGUUACUGCAGCAAUCUAAUAAUGAUGAGAUAACUUGAGUGGAGGAGGAUGAUGGAUGUGACAUAAUGUAAUGAUAGCACUGUGGUUUUGCCACCAAAGGGAGUAUAGAGAAAGGUUGAUGGUACAUGUAAAUACUCUACCUACUACAUUUUCUUGAUUAUAGCUUUAGUAAGGUGGUCAGAGGUGAAACAUUUUAUUAUCAACGGUGUCACAAAUGUGCCCCUGCUCACUACAGCUCACACACCAUUAGUUAGGCACAGGUUAGAAAUGACAAAAAAGCACAUCCAGUACUAAAAUAUCAACCGGGGUCUUGACUAGUUGAGGGAGACAACAGAGCAGCAUUUUAGCAUUUAAUCUUUAUAGUUUUUGACACUAUUUAACUGGAAUAGAAUUACGCAUGACAGGCAUAACACUCGAAAGAAGCCACAGUGCUCCUGCAAUAGAAAAUACAUAUUAUUUGUUCCAAAAAUGACUAAUACCUUUACUUGAGCAAUUCCUCAUCUAACUGCAUGAAUGUUAUCAAGUGAAAAAUGCAUGCAAAAAUAAAAUCCUGUGGACAGGAUUUUCCACGCUCAUGAUCAAAGCCUGAUUUUCUUUUACUCUGGAUUCAGCCUUCACCAUUUUUGUUUGUUUCAACUCCACACUUCUACAACAGCAGCCUCUUGGCUAGUGUUUUAUAAAUUUAGUUUUUCUAACAAGCUUAUGAUUAAAAAAUGUUUGUGAGAUGUAGAUGCAGGCCUUUCACAUUUAAUCUGAUAUAAACAAGAAGAUUUAAGCCCUCUUCUUUCCUGUUUUUAAGAUUACAGUUAUCUUUAUACUGCUUGCUUUUUAUGUCCUAGUAAGUAUACGUACUUGAUAAUGUGAUUAUCCUUGAUUUAUUUGUAACUAGAGGCAAUGGGGGAAAGAUACAACACUGUCAGUAUCUUUGCAUGAAUCGCAACAUGUAUCUGUGAGAGAUGCCCCACACCUUUCAUUUAUGGGUGCAGGGCUCAUAAUCUCUUUAAUUCAAUUCAACCGAGAGGCAUAAUGAAAACCAUCUCUUGUGUUUUCUGAUAUAGAAGUACAAUCAGGUCAGCAGGCAUCCCUUACCUGAACCCUUAUCUAACAGUAGCAUGUACAGAAACAAAAGAUGGCUCUACCUUAAGAGCAGAAAUGGUUUAUUUUCCACAAGCUGACAUAUUGGGAUAGAUAAUGUCACCCCUUUAAUGUUAGAGAAGAUUAAACAACUAUACACAUGAGAACUAAAUUCAAUAACUCAACACCAGUAUCAAAACUACUUAUAUUUAAGAGCCUUAGUAGUGCCUUUAAGUGCCUUGAAUUAGUAUAUUUUUAAUUUUUUCCCAUUUACUGAUAUAGUACUUUUUACAUAUACUCUAAGAUCUCUUUGUCUCUUUAUGUGGACAGAUUUCUGGGGUAGUAUAUAUACAGCCAUGUGUACGGUCAAACAACUACCAUCAACUUUCUAUGAAAACAGAGUUUGAAGAUCUUUGGUCACUCAAAUGUGUUAGUUUGGGAGUUUUUCUAUAUUUCGCCAUUACAGGUGAUGCUCACACCACAGCAGCUUUAACAUACAUUUAUUUUAGAUGAAAACAUAUGUUUAUGAAUUAGAUGGCCAUCCAACUUGAAAUUAUGGUUAUAUGUAGAAUACCACAGCUUUCUAUUUUAAAGCAUACAAGUGGUAUGUUUCCAAUUUUUUUUAGUCAACACAUUUCUUAACAACAUUACUUUUUUAUGCUGUUGCAGUAAUGUUGAUUGUUCUGCAUGGGUAUAUGACCUCAUCAGAAUUCAGUAAUUGUAAAGACACCAUAAUAAAUAAGGUUCUCAUCCAUAAUUGAAAAAAAAUGUCAUCUGAUUGUACUUGCCAGUAUGUGCCUCUUGUAAAAAUCCUCCAAAUUGUAUACUGUACAUGAAAGCAUCGCUUUGUUUAUGUGGAGGCUUUCAGCUCUUAGUUUUAACAGGGUACACCAUAAAGAGCAUUCUUGUUAUUGUCUUUCCUUCAGGAGCUGAUGACUGAGCUAAUUCGCUUUAGUUUUCAAUGCACUGGGGAACACAUUGCCAAGCAAUGAUAAGCUUUGUAGGAAGAGUAGAGAGAUGGAGGGGGGAAGAAAAGCAAUGGCAUCUAUCAGAAUUUAAACCUCUUUGCUUGAAACUGUGUUCAAAUAAUAAAGCAAGCAGCAUGUCUUUCCGAGAGACUAGGAAUAAUUUCUGGUUUCAGUGGGGGGUUCAUGACUCUGUGUGUAUGUGUAAAAUAUGUCUUGAGGGGAUUGGUAUAAAGUUAAACUGGGUGAAGUAGAAAUAUUUUACUCAUCAGCUUUGCAGUCACAGAGUUUGCCUCGGCUAGAACAAAACUGCUGAAGCAUUUAGAGAAAAUUAACCCCCCAUCCUGGCAGCCAGAUGUGACUGGAUUCUGAUGAGUGCACACGAGUGGGCAGAGAAACCAAGAGACUGUGAAAUUCCUGUCAGGCCCGUGUACUGCAGAAUGGGCUAUUGACUGCUUUCUCUAUUCCCCUCCAUCAUUCUUCUUGAACACUGCCAUUAAUUUCCUCUCCUGCCUUACCAAUUCCUUUUCUCUCCCUUCUCUCCCUCUAGCUCUCUUUGUUGCAGAAGAGGAUGCACAAAGCUUUGGUGAAAUACUUCAAACAACGCAGCCUCUACAGCCAGGCUGAACUGGACCGGUGCCAGGCUCUUUCUCAAGAGACCGACCAGAAAAUAAAAACAGCCCAGGUAUUUGUACAAAUAAAUGUAAAACAGGCAGGGAAACUUCACAACUGUCCCUAUUCAUAUAAAUGGUAAAUCCCUUUAUUCAACUUUUAUCCAAGUCUAGGUAUUCUACCGGAUGGAGGGGUAUUCUUUCCAUACUACACUAACUCCAUGUUAUGCUUGGCAUUGUUUGAGCCUCUUCUGGCUAGUCGGUUGCCUUGUGUCUUCUUUGCCAAGCAAGGGCAGCCAGGCAGACAUCCACCAAGGCUUUGUGCCUCAUUGCUAUGGGGGGAGUUAAAGACACCACUCUUACAUUACACUCUAUACAUUCACUCAUCAGAUCACAUACUCCCGUGAUGGAUGAUGUGUCUGCUAGACUUCCUAUGCAGUGACUCCAUGUCUGAGGCUAACUCUGCCUCCCUAGAUAACUCUAUACACACAACACACCGCUUGCACACGUUGCAUUAACAUUGAACAUGUUUAGCAGGGGCAUGUGUUACUUUUAUGGCUCUUAUGGAGAGUUAUCAGUCAUCUGGAGGAUAUCCGCGUUACAGAUUCUCUCUUGUGAGCGCAGCAACCCCCGCUGUCUGUCUUGCAGAAGAGUAGCAGCAUGUCCUGCAAGGUUGAGAAGUAAGGAUCUUCAUUUAGAGGAUAAUCGGUGUCUAAUCUGUGCUGUGAUGUGAGAUGAGGUCAAAGCGGACGGAGAGACAGUGAUGAAUCUUUAUGAAAUACCCUGUCCAGCAUCACCACUGAGCCAGGUGGCAUAAGACCAUGCUAGGAAUUACUCUCCCAACACUUUUCACUCCUUUUGAAUUUACUAUUCAUGUUUUGCUGUCAAAUAAAUAUGUAUUCUGAUUUUUUAGCCUAUUUUUGUUCACAAAAAUCUUAUUACUACUUGUCUAUUUACGCAAAGUACUCUGAUUAGAUUUGAGCUUGUCCACGGGAGCCCUUAGUGAAAAUACUAUUAAGUGGUUUCUCUCUCAGUUCCUCCUCCUCUGACUGCUGACAUGUUUUUUUGAUGGGUUUGCUCCAGACAUUACAGGGAGCAGCCAUGUCUCACUGGCCCAGCCUGAAAAGGCCCCAGCAGAUCACAGCUCAAGGCAGGGAGGAGUAGGGCACAGGGGGAGGAGCUAUCAGAGAGCCGCAGAGUGUGAAGGACAAAAGAGCUGGUGUAUUCAAGCGCACCACACCGUCACCCGUCACAGCUCAGCACAGGGUCCAUCAGAGCAGGCAGCACUCACUUUAAACAGGCUCUUCGUGAACAGUCCAGCUAAGGGUCUCUCCUUCAAAACGUACACAUGUAGAAAAACCUAUAGGAGAAAGGUAAAGAAAUAAAAAAUCUUACAGGAGUUUAUGAGCAGGAAUAAACACACAAUCUACACUAAUCUCUAAAAACUAAUUUGGUGUUAUGGUCCUCCAAAUGCGAAGAAACAUUAUUAUGACUGUUUUAAUAGUUGAGCAGUUAACAAAGAGGUUUACUCUUUAUUAAAUGAUGCACAUGAUUAACAUGAUCAGAAUUGUAGCAGCUUUGAAGGAAAAACUGUAGACAUCAGAAAGGAUAACCGAUACUUGUUGUAAAUGGAGUCUUAGCAGGCUGAAUCCAGAUGAGACCUAUAGUAAUCCAUCAUAUCCACUUAACCCCACAAGCACAACAUAAGAGAGGUCAGGUUAGUACUUUCACGGCUAGAGUGUGCUUGAUCCAGAAGCAAAACGGCAUCUUGCUCAAAAGUAGCUUGAGGGGGAGGAAGGCCAGGGAACCCUAGGGUGGGUGGAUGGGAGUGGGUGGUGGUGGUGGUGGUGGUGGUGGUGGUGGGAGAGAGAGUGGGGGGGCGGCGGGCUGUCAUCCUGUUACACUCCUGCCAGAACUGGCAGUUCAGCUUUGUGUUCUGCAGUUUACACUAGGGAUGGCAUAAUUGACAAUGGCUAACAGCGGAGAGCAGUGCAGAGCCUUGUUGAAUGGCCAGUAAUGAUUGGAGCAGACGCCCACUGCCCCAGUCCCGAGGGACAGUAAUCCAAGAUCCUGUUGCUGAUAUAAUUGUUAGUCAGAGAAUUUCUGCAUGGCUAGGCCGGUUCAGAUUCCCAAGCUGGUUGACAGUGCCAGGCAGUUUAAUAGAAAAACUGGAUGCUGAGGUUUUUAAAACAGAGGAGCACUGAACCUGUACGCAGUUCACCAGGAGCCUCUUGUUCUCCUUCCUCAGAAAAAUAAGAACAGGAUGGUAACUUAACUCUCACAAUUACAGCACCACCAUCAUCUGCGAGUGUGGGAUGCACAAGUUUGUAUCACUGCCUUUGUGCACAAACAGCGUUUACUUUAAUUAGCUGUUUCAUUUAUUCUGCGUCCUCUUUUUUUUAAACAGGGGGGGCUGUCAGAAGAUAUUCAGCUCAUCUCUGCAUUUCUGCAAACCCUGACAGAUGACUCUACUACCACUAGUGAUGCUGUGGUGAACAAGCAAACCCGUCCAGAUGCGGCUGGAUCGAAGGAGUAG